AUGCCACUGAUGAAAGGCCGUUGCGCGUGCGACGAAGUGCAGUACACCGUAUCGCUCGGCUCGGCCGACGAAGCGCGGACGUCGCUCUGCCACUGCUCGAGCUGCAAACGCGCCUUCGGCACCGACCACGGGCUCACCACCAAGGUGCCGGUCGAGUCGUACUCCUACACCAAGGGCGUGCCGAGGCAAUACACGCAGGAUAACGGUGUGGUGCGCGAGUUUUGUCGGACUUGCGGCACCUUCCUUUGCGAGUAUGGGGAGCAAGCUGCAGACAAGUUCCGCUACUUGGUAUGGGGCACGUUGGACGAGAAGGAGCGGGAUAUGGUGCCUCCCAAGGGGGAGUUCUUUUGCUCGCAGCGGGCGAAAUGGAUGCCGGAAAUUCCGGGGGUCUUCCAUAAGCAAGAAAUAAAGGAAUAA